AUGAAGCCCAUGCAGGUAUAUAUUGUGUGCGCUGAACUCUUGCUGAGUACAUGUUUAUGUGGAGUACUGGCCAAAAAAGAGGGUGAACCCAUUUCAGAGGAUAAAGAAGUCCUGGUGCUGACUGAAAGCAACUUAAACCAAGCACUUAAACAACACAGCCAGUUACUGGUGCACUUCUAUGCUCCUCUCUCUGGUGAGUCUCUUGGCUCAAUUCUAGAGUUUGCAAAGGCAGCCAGUGAGCUCAAGGAAACCAAAUCAUCUAUAAAACUGGGAAAGAUUGACGUCUCUAAAGAAAAAGACCUUGCCAAAUUCUUAAAUGUAACUACAGUGCCAUCAUUACGACUGUACCUCGCUGGAGACAAGUAUAACCCUGUUCAAUGUCCAGUUCUGAAGAGCUCUACCGCCAUCAUAACAUGGCUUAAACGGAGAGAGGGCCCUAGUGCUGUCCUUAUUACAGAUCUCAGCCAGUUGGAGAGCUUAACUGCAGAAGAUGAGCUUGCGGUUCUAGGAUUAUUUAAGGAUUUUGAGACGGGUUUAGUAAAGGUUUUUUACAAUGCGGCUGCUGAUGUUGCUGAUCUGCCCUUUUAUGCAACAGGAAGCAAGCAAAUCUUUAACAAAUAUGAUAUAUUUGAUGACUCAAUUGUGCUUCUCAGAAAGUCAAAAAUGGCAGAAACAUUUCAGAUGAUGAGCAAAACAAUGAAAGAGGAUGUCAUUGACUUCAUUAGAAUCCAUGAGAUGCCUUUGGUGACUGAGUACAAUGGCAAGACAUCAUCUAAGAUACUUAACUCUGUGGUGCAGAAUCACUUGGUUUUGUUUAUUAACAAAGCUGAGAAAGGAUUCAAACAAAUAUAUCGUGCCUUCAAAAGCUCUGCCAAAGAAUAUAGAGGCAAGAUUCUGUUUGUGCUGAUUGACACGGAUGAAACACGGAAUGGACGUAUCUUGGAGUAUUUCCGUGUGAGGAAGGAGGAAUCACCACUGAUCCACAUGGUUAACUUGACAGACAACUUACAAUAUCAAUUACCUUCCGACCAACUCGAUGUACAAACAAUUACUGACUUUUGCCAGAGUUACUUACAAGGGAAUGCUAAGCCAAAGCUACAGAGUGAGCCAAUCCCUGAUGGUUGGGACAAGCAGCCAGUGAAAGAGCUGGUGGGCAUUAACUUUGAAAGGGUGGCUUUCAAUGCAAACAAGAAUGUCUUAGUUCUUUUCUAUGCCUCAUGGAGUUCUGCAAGCCAGGGGCUGUUUCCUUUAUUUGAAGAUCUUGCAAAACACUAUAGUGACACUGAAGAUGUGGUAGUUGCCAGAAUUGAUGUAACUGCAAAUGAUGUAAACAUUCAAAUGACAGACAGAUAUCCAACCAUUAAACUAUUUCCUGCAGUCUAUGCUGAAAGGGUAGUGUCAUAUACUGGCCAAACCAAGCUGGAACCAAUAGUUGAGUUUGUGAAUGAAGAGAGAGCACGAGCCAAGGAGGAUAAGGCCAAGGAAGAGAUAGAAAGGAAGAAAUAUCUGGAUGCACAGAAAGCGGCAACUAAAGAAGAGCUAUAGUGCGUGUAUGUGC